AACCUAUAUAGCAUGGAUACGGGAAAAACUGGGUAUGUCCGUAUCGUAUCCGUAUCGGAUACGGGUACGGUCUGGAUACGCCAUAUACACGUAUCCCUGGAUAAAAAAACGUAUCCUAACUAUGUAGUGCAAAGUCAACCCAGGGGAUACGGUCCGGAUACGAUUUGGAUACGUUUUAGGAUACAAUUGUCAUUUUAACGUUGAUAAAACCAUGACAAAUGUAUAAGCCGUACCCAUGUUGUUGAACCGUCCUUUUUUCCUUAUGGAAUGACAAUAAUUAAUUAAAGAUUUUUACUUCUGUGAAAGCAUUGUAAAACAGGGAAUGCUUCAUUCAAGGGGUGAGCUACUUCUAAUGCUAGAUGCAGAUGGUGCGACAAAGGUUAAUGAUGUAGAAAAACUUGAAAAACAGAUCCAUACAGAGUUUAUGCGUGGGAACUCGCCUUCUAGUAAUUCAAAUUCUAAAAUAUCUGAUAUCCCAAUUGCUGCAUUUGGUUCCCGUGCUCAUCUCGAGGAGAAGGCCUUAGCUUCAAGGAAGUGGUACCGCAAUUUCUUAAUGAAAAGUUUCCAUCUUGUGGUUCUUCUGGCUGCUGGUCCUGGAAUUCGUGAUACUCAGUGUGGUUUUAAGUUGUUCACUAGGUCUGCUGCAAGGAAGCUUUUCACUAACAUCUGUUUGAAGAGGUGACUACACUUUAGAUAGCUGAACCUUUGUUUUCAUCUCUUAGAUGCAACUACACUUCAAAUUUUCAUUUGCAACAGUUUUUCUGUGUUUGGUCUCAUGACUCGUAUAUAAAGUUCUUCUGUGCAUCUCUGGGACUAUCCGUAUCGUUUUGAUUGUUUCCUUAAUCAUGAGCUUCUGCACAUCUGGACUAUAUAACAUGGUUCUGCUUGUUUCCUUAAUCAUGAGCUUCUGCACAUCUGGACUUCCUCGAUUGACAAUUACCACCAAGCGUGAAUGUCUUUUUGAUUGCCCCUCUGUUCUUGAUUCCCUGCAUUUGUUUUUGUUUUUGUUUUUGCUUAAAGAAUUGAGUGUCAAUGGCCCAAGGAGUUCCACUAUUGUGUUUGGUUACAAUUUGUCUGUCUGUGAGCUUCCAAUCAUGUUGAGUUGU